AUGAUGGUGAAAUCUAUCCAGCUUCAGCUAUGCGGGUUUGUCACCCAACGUUGGUCUCUAAAACCUCGAACCUCCCUUUCAUUCUCAUCACUAUCAUCACUUCCCCCAAUUUCAAACCCUAACCCUAACCCUUCUUUCAAACUCCUCCCCACCCCUCGCAUCACUCGAUUCACACCGUUUCGUGCUUCAUCAUCGCUUCAAUCCUCUGGAAAUGUUCGAAGUAUCAAGUUCUGUCAGUGGUGUGGUGGUUCAACUAAACAUGAUAUACCUGAUGGUGAAGAAAAAUUGAGAGCCAUAUGUACAGUUUGUGACAAGAUUGCUUAUCAAAAUCCCAAAAUGGUAGUUGGUUGCCUCAUUGAACAUGAAAAUAAAGUCCUCCUUUGCAAGAGGAAUAUUCAACCUUCUCACGGUCUUUGGACGCUUCCCGCUGGCUAUUUGGAAAUCGGAGAGUCGGCUAUGGAAGGUGCCGUAAGGGAAACAAGGGAGGAAGCAAAUGCAGAUGUAGAAGUAAUUUCUCCCUUUGCUCAAUUGGACAUUCCUUUAAUUGGCCAAACAUACAUGAUAUUCUUAGCAAAGCUGAAGAAGCCCCAUUUUUCACCUGGUCCAGAAUCAUCAGAAUGCCAACUUUUUUCACUUGAUGAUAUACCUUUUAAUUCUCUCUUUUCAUCAAUGGUGGUUACCUUGAAUUUGUAUGUUGAGGAUAUCAAGACUGGCAAGCCCAAAUUUCAUUAUGGAACCAUUAACAAAAGACCGGGUACAAGUCCUUCUGAUAUUCGUGCCUACACACUGGAUCAUCACAUGUACACAUGA